AUGUUAAAAAUUAUUUUUUUAAUUUUGGUCAUAUGCGCACGAAUUCAUUCUAUAAAUACAAAAGGGGGAAAUGGAAGCGUACAAGAUGGAAAACAUUAUGUGAAAACGGAGAGCCCAACUUAUACUCCAAAGAAAAAAACCAAAGUUAUUUUUUAUAUGCCUGGACAAGAACAGGAAGAACAGGAAGACGACAAUGAUCCGAAUGCAAGUAAUAAAAAUGGAAGUUCGGGCAUGGGGUCCAAUAAAGGAACACAUUUGGGUUCAACAACUGAUGCAGGACAUUCACCAACAGGAUUUAAUAAAGGAUCCGGAGUGGGAUCCGAGUCAAGGCCAGCAUCAAAUAACUAUAAAGGACAUGGCGGUGGAGGGAUCCAUAUUGAUAUGUCUGCUCCUGGUGAUAACUCCAAUAACGGACAGCAAGGAAAUGCUGGGUUCAAAAAAAAUAAACAAGACACAUUAAGAGACGAAUAUGAAAAAAUUAGAAAGCAAGAAGAAGAAGAGGAAGAAAGGAUAAACAAUCAAAGAAGGGCUGAUAUGAAGAAAUCUCAAGGGCGCAAAAAUAAAUUUGGGCAUGAUAAAGGAGUACAGGAUUCUUUAUCCAACGCGAAAUAUGAACUCUCAGAGCCUCAGUCAGGUCCCACAAAAUCUAACGCAAAAAAUAGAGGCCCUGGGGUUUAUGAUGAAUUAGGAAAUGGGCCUUACAAUUUAAUUGGCAAACAAAGCGAGGGGGGAACUCCUACCGCAUCUCCAUAUGACCAUUAUGAUAAGCAUGGUUCUGAUGGAAAGGGUUACGGCACAUAUGGUGGCUCUGAUGGAAAGGGUUACGGCACCUAUGGUGGAUCUGAUGGAAAGGUUUAUGGGCCCUACGGUGGAUCUGAUGGAAAAGUUUAUGGGCCCUAUGGUGGAUCUGAUGGAACGGGCUUGUGGCCCGAUGGCACGGGUGGAAAUGCAUACUAUGGAGGACGUGACAAUCAAGGAAAAAAUCCAACAUACAGAACACACCUAAAUAUAAACCUUGGAGAUGAUAAAGGACAUCAUGGUGGAAAAAAUGGCAUACCAGGAUAUCCAGAAUACUUUAAAAAACACUUCAGACCUGGGGAUGCAAAGGGGGUAGGUACCGACGGGCACGCACCGGGCACUUAUGGCGUGCACCCUGGGGGAAAUGGAGUAGCACCAGGAGAAGGAAGCUACGGAGACAAUAAAUGGUCCGAUGGACAACAUGGAAGUGGAACUGAUGCGCAAAAUUUAUCUGGACCCCACGGACAUAAGGGAGUUGGACCGACAACGUACGAUGUAGAUUUCGGAAAAAAAGGCCAUGGAAAAACAAACGGUGGUGGACCAGGCGAAGAAGGGGCAAACAAAACAAAUCCUUCACAUGGUGAAGGAGGCUAUGAAAAAAAUACAGGACCAGAAAGGUAUGAGGGAAACGGAACUCCAUACUAUGUCCAGCAUCCCGAUGACAACAACGGAAACGGGACGACAAGUUAUGGGUUAGAUAAUGGGGAACAUGGUGGUACGCAAGGCGGACAGGGGCAUGACGGACACGGGCAAAACCACCCAGGAAGUGCAAACGGCACGGGCACAUAUCCCAUGCACACUAAUGGAGGAAGUAAUGACCAAAGCUUAAAUUACAUUCAUGGAUUACGGCCUGUUAAUUCAGGUGACGGACAAGGAAUUUAUGGCGGUAAUGGAAUUAACAACCCAUUAGUAUAUAAUGUGCAGCACGGGGGAUAUGGCCCUAAGAAUAUUAACAAUAAACAAGCGAGCGAUCAUAGCUCCUCCAAUGAAGACGUCAACAACAACAAUAGCAUGAGAAACAAAACAUGGGUGCACAGUAAGCCAACGGGAGGACAUACAGACUCCACUUCCUCAUACGCUUCAUAUCCAGAUUCUGACGAUACCGAGUAUGAGUUAAAACCAGGUGAUGUUAGAACAUUAAAACCUAAUAAUACAACAAAUCCACUGACGGAGGCAACUGACGGAAUUGCUUACGUAAAAGGAACAAAUGCAGGUGAAUUCCCCAGGAUGCACGGCACCGGCACGGGAAACUACGGAACACAGAACGCAGGAUCGGGUGAUAAUAAUAAUAUGGAUGAACACGGAUCUACUCCUAUCAUUAUAAAGUAUGACAAUACGCAUGCUAAACGGAGAGCAAAGGAAAUUGAGGAAAAUCUCAAUAAAGGGGAAUAUUCUAGAGCAAAAAUGGCGAAUGCAAAAAAAGGGCAGAAAUCACAGGGAACUGAAUCUGACGGGCAGGAUGAAGAUGUAGAUCCUUCCAAUGUGUUUUACGUAGACAACGGACAAGAUAUGCUUAUUAAGGAGAAAAUGUCAAAAUCGGAAGGAUCAGACGAAAUGACAGAGGAAGGACUGAACGUAAAAUACAAAGAACAAACGGGACCUGUAAAUUACCAUUUUUCAAAUUACAUGAAUUUAGAUAAAAGAAAUACGCUGAGCUCCAAUGAAAUUGAAUUACAAAAAAUGAUAGGACCUAAAUUCUCAGAAGAGGUAGAUAAAUAUUGCCGUCUUAAUGAACCUUUACAAAAAAAAGGAGAUUUCUUAAACCUUUCCUUUGAGUAUUCCAGAGCGUUGGAAGAAUUAAGGAGCGAAAUGAUUACCGAGUUGCAAAAAAGAAAAUCCGUGGAAUUUAACAAUUACAAUAAUAUUUUAAAUGCCAUUUAUAACUCUAUGAAUAGAAAAAAUACCAACUUUGGGCGGGACGCAUACGAAGAUAAAAACUUCAUCUCAGAGGCUAACUCCUUUAGAAAUAAAGAAAUGCAACCGUUAAGUGCCAAGUAUAACAAAAUUUUAAGACAAUACCUUUGUCAUGUAUUUGUGAACAACCCUGGAGUAAAUCAAUUAGAGAGACUAUACUAUCAUAAUUUAGCCUUAGGAGAACUGAUCCAACCCAUUAGGAAAAAAUACAGCAAAGAAGCAUCAUCCUCUGUGGGUCUAAACUACGAAAUUUAUAUAGCCUCCUCUUCUAACAUAUAUCUAAUGGGUCACCUGCUGAUGUUGUCCUUAGCUUACCUUUCGUACAAUCACUACUUUGUGCAGGGGGUGAAACCUUUUUAUUCUUUAGAAACCAUGUUGAUGGCCAACUCGGAUUACACAUUCUUCAUGUACAACGAAGUUUGCAAUGUGUACUACCGCCCCCCGAAAAUUUUCAAUAAAGACAUAACCUUUAUCCCUAUCGAAUCUAGACCUGGUAGACACAGUACCUAUGUAGGGGAAAGGAAAGUAACUUGUGAUUUGUUAGAAUUGAUUCUAAAUGCAUAUACUUUGAUAAACGUACACGAAAUACAGAAGGUCUUUAACAGCAGUGAAGCGUACGGUUAUGAAAACUCCAUUUCGUUUUCGCACAAUGCAGUGAGGAUAUUCUCACAGGUAUGUCCAAGGAAUGAUGCCAAGAAUCCCCUCAACUGUGAUUUUGAAAAGUCUACACUGUAUAACCCUAAAAUCCUAAAAAUGGACGAAGGGGAUAAGGAAAACCAGAGAAGUUUAAAAAGAGCCUUUGAUAUGUUACGAACCUUUGCCGAAAUAGAAAAUUCAUCCUACAAGCCAGAGCCCAAUCCUAAUUAUAUUAGCCUCAUUUUUGAGCAGAACUUGUACACGGAUUUUUAUAAGUACCUGUUCUGGUAUGAUAAUAGAGAAUUGAUAAAUGUACAAGUUAGAAAGGUUGGGGGAAAGAAAAAAAACAGUAAAAUUCAAUUUGUCUACGAUGAGUUUAUCAAGAGGGGAAAGCAAUUAAAAGAUAAAUUAAUCAAAAUGGAUGCCAAGUACAAUACCAGAAGUAAAGCACUAUAUGUUUUCUACGCCCUAGUGGACAAAUAUGCCAACAUUUUUACGAAAAGCGAAAAUAUUAGAAAAUUCUUCUUAAACGAUGUGUCAUCCGUACGUCAUCAUUUAUACUUAAAUAGUGUCCUGUCUAAAUCUCCAAAGUCUAAUUUAGACUCCAUGAAGAAGACGUUAGAAGAAUUGCAAUCUUUAACAAACGCCCCACUAAAAUUUAUCGUACGAGGAAAUAAUUUAAAAUUUUUAAACAACAUAGCUAGAUAUGAAAACUUAUUCUAUGUGAACUUAUUCAUAAUGUCAUCCCUUUCGAGAAAAAAUCCAGUCAAGAGUUAUUACAAUGAGAAGAAGAAAAUGUUAACAGCUACAAUGUCUGAGAAGUUUGCAACUUCUACAUCUGCGUUAAUACCACAUAAACUUAGAAAACUUGUAGUGACCAUGAAAAAGGGACUCCUAAAAAAGAGAUUGUUAACUGCGCUUGCCAAGAUGAAACUCUUGCAACACAUUCCUGCAAACCUGCUGGAAAAUAUAUUAACCACCAUCCGUUUUACCACUCAUACCAUUGCUUCUAGAGAAAUUAUUCAAAACGCCAAAUAUAUGCCAAAAAACAUGAAUUUUUAUCAACACCGAAAUGUGGAGCUUGCCAAACAGGUAUUUACGGAUGGGGGAUUUGCAAAGUAUGCCGACAAUUUAAUGUCGACGUGGUUCACCAAAGGGUUCGAAGAAUACAAGACGGAAAAACUUGAACAACAAAAAAUGGAAUUUUCAAUUGAUAAGGAACUGAAGGAGGCCAGCAAUGAUAGCAGCAGUGAACGCGCAGAAGUCACGGAGCAGGAAAAAUUACAGCAAGAGCAAAAAGAAUUAAAUGAAGAAAAGGAUAGACAAUGGCAACAGAACAAAUUAAUUUAUAAUCAAAAUGACAAAUGGGAUCACUACAUAAAUAAAGAAUUCGCAAAGGCUUUAGGAAUAUGGCUAGAGCUUUCGGACAAUCCAUAUAACAAAGACUCCUUCAUCUACAGAGUUGUUGAGGAUAGUAAGUACCUACUAGAAAGUAACAUCGAAGACAAUAUCAUGUUCUCCAGAACGGUCAAGCCAACGAAACAAACAGUGUUUCGAAAAUUUUUCAAAAAAAUUGUUUCCCUUGGAAAUAUGCUCCUGCGAAAACCAAGUUUUAAAGUAGAACAUGCCAUUUGGUUUGGAGCAACCAUCAACAUGAAAAAGGCAAUGAUGUUACUAGAAAAAGUGGCAGAGUUGCAUAAGCUUCUACGUAAUGAAGAUGAAUCUUGGCUCAUUAAUGAAGCCUUCAUCGAAAUUGUAGACCAUGUAGUGCAAAUCAGCACAGACAGACGCUUACGUGAACCGUUUAGUGUCGCUAGGAACCCCGGAAUGGUGGCUAUCAACCCGGCAUAUGCCCAGUUAAAUAAUGAAGAGAGAAUGAAGGAAUUACAAAAUUCGAUGUGUGCUGAUCAUUGUUCUGCUUUGUGGAAAACGAUAUCAACUUUUGCUUUGCAACAUUUGAAAAACCCAGACAGUUUACAUACUUAUGAAUCCAAAUUUUCUAAAAAUGCAUUUGGCAACAAAAUUGAUGACCAAAAUUUUGUAAACGAUUUUAAAAUGAUCCUCGGAGGGGAUGCUGUCCUGCACUACUUCGAUGUCUUGCUACCGAAAUCUAUGAAGAAAGAAUUGAAGGCCAUGACAAAUGGAGUCUCUCUAUCCUCUGCAUUUUCUCUCAAAUUAACCAAAAUCAUUUUUAGCGAAUUGCAAUUGCCUUACUUAAGUCAAAUGUUCUACACGCAAGCUCCAUAUUUUGGUCACUUCAUAGGUAAAUGGCAAAAGGAAAGAGAAAAAAGUAGGAUGAAAGAAAUACUAGGGUUCAUGACUCUGGGCACUUUAUCUGCAUACACAAUGCUGAGCGCAAUGGAUAUAACUCAGCACGCCAGUGACAUUGGAAUGGGACCUGCCGCCAGUUGUUACACGUCUACUCUCCCUCCACCUAAACAAGUAUGUAUCCAACAUGCGGUUAAGGCAACUUUAACUAACUCGACACAAGCUUGCAUGAAGAGUGUUUUCUCCGUUGGUCUCUUCGCAUCCAUCGGACCCUACUUGUUUGCACCCAUGGCCGGUCUAGCCCUAUGGAAUGUUUUAAAAUCAGAGUUUAAAGUUCUGCAAAGAGUUGAUAUGGCGCUCAAGAGUGUCUUUAAUAACAUGUGGAAGAAAUUUCUGUCACUAAAGGGAAUUCGCAAACUGAAAUAUAUUUUCAAAAGAAGAAAGACCAUGAAGAAGAAAAUUAUCGAAAAGGCCGAACACAAAAUGUUGGAAAUGAAAAAUAAUCCCCAAAUGGAUAAGAAUCAUAAAUUGGCCGUCCAAAAAAUGCACAAGCAUGUGUCCGGAAGUUACCACUACAUAUCGUACGCACGCAUACAGGUGUAG